GUUAAUGUUAAAAUUGAGGUUACUGUCUAAAGACUGUUUUACAUGAUUGUUAUAUCAACAGAAUGACAUUAAUGUCCUAUUGUUGUGGAUUAAUUAAUGUUUAAAAGUGUAUUAAAAAAUGGUCAUUUGCAUAAAAUUUUACGUUAAUUAGUAUUACUUUAUUAAUGAUGUGUGACAAAAAUGGGUUUAUAUGCAGAUAUCUAAAGAUAAAGAACCAACUACAGUAGUGUAAAAUUUGUAAAUAAUGAAAGCUUUAACGAAUUUGAUUGUAAUACUUACAUUUACAUCACAAAUAAAUUGUAACAUCGAAUGCAAAGAUGAUAUCAAUUUGUACAUCCAAAGGCGCACUCUUGGUGUAGAUGUAAAAAUUGAAGAAGAAAAUAUCUUAAAACAUUGUAAUUUAUUUGACCUCAAUAAUGCUUUUAAACGCGUAGAGUCAUGUGAGUGUCCUGUAAUUAAAAAUAUAGAUUGCAAAGAAGAAUAUCAAGCAAUACAAGUUGCUACAGAUAAUCAUUUUAUCGAUCAUUUACCGUUGGAAUACGAUAAGCUUUACAAUUGUAAAAAGAAAAUCGAGUAUGUUAGAAAAAUGUUGGAAUCAUCUUUGAACAACAGGUUUGAAUAUGACCCACAGAAUUGGGAAGAAUAAUGCCCUAAAUGUAGUUUUCUAAAACAC